AAUAGACCAAUUUUCACCUUACGUCAGAACGACGUCACACAGGUUCAAUCGCGCAAGACGGUGGCAAAAGACAAACAGAAAAAUGUCGUGUUGUGCCGUGGGAUGCCAGAAUCGUAAUUCUGUAAACAGUGACCUGAAGUUUUACAGAAUACCAGCAGAUAACAACUCGUUUAAUGCCAACCGCAGACGUCGUUGGUUACAAGCUAUCAGAAGAUCCGAUUGGAACAAAGACCUUAUUAAAAAUGCCAGACUUUGCAGUUCACACUUCAUAUCAGGAGAGGUCUCCAUGGACUUCAAUAGUCCCGACUUUGUACCUUCUGUCUUUUCCUUCGCAACCCAGUGUGAAAUAGACAAAGGAGAUACAAAACUUGAGAGAUUUAAGAGGAAAAGAAAAAGGGAAGAAACCAUCCACAGACCACCAGAUGAUGUACAGCGGUCCAAAGAAGCUAGUGAUGAGGCUUCUGGAGCUUGCCUGUCCUCAGAUGACUGCAGAAUGGAGCCUGGUGCUGAUCAAUGCACUGAAGCCACAGUCCCAAAGGUUCUCCAUGAUGAUCUGAAACACAAGUACAGCCAACUUUCUACAGAGUGUGUCAACCUGCGUUUGGAGAUCGACAAACUGAAAACUGAGAAUGAGGAACUAAAGGCAACACUCAUGAAUACACAAUUUUCCUUUAGCUCUAUCAAGAGUAAAGCAGUGCAGGUUCUGUUUUUCACAGGGCUGACCAGUGUCUUAUUUGAGUGGUUGAGUCACAAACUUAAAGACAGUGUAGAGGUUGUGCGUGGCUCUAUGAACCUGAAGGAUCAUCUAUUGAUCGUCCUAAUGAAACAGGUUGGGGUGGGCGAGUUUCAGACAAACAAAUUACAGCUGAGUCUGGAUUUUAUGACCUUCUAG